UGUGUAUGCGCGCGGGGUGUAGUGAGAGGGAGACGGCGACGUCGUGUGCAACGCAGGACAACAUACGAAAAAAGAUUAGAAUAACGUUACAGAAUUUAUUAAUUUAUACAUAGUUGUCCCAAAAAUACACAAACUAUUGAAAGACAAUUUACAUAACGCUGUAUUAUACUGUUUUAAUACAGUGGAAUCAAGUUACUGGGACAUAAGAACUCCGGAGGCGAAACGGAUUUGCUUGCCAACUUUCUGCAAACUUUAUUUGGUUAGCUUGGAGUUUGGCUAACUAAAUUUAAAGUUUGCAAUAAUGUCUGGAAGUGAGGAUGAUAGAGAUGAUUUUGGACCCGAAGACCGGUCUAUUCUGCACGAUGAGGACGACGAGGAGCUGUCGGAGACUGAGGCUCCUAAGGUGAAGAAAAAGAAGAAGGCCAAGAAGAGCCGUGAAAGCAAAAGCAGCAAGAGGCGUUCUCGCAGAGAGGAUGUGCCAGUCAGCUCCCCAGAGGCCAUGGAGGUGCCCGAGGUGGAGGCCGAGGAGGAGCGAGGAGCCCGCGGCUCAGACAGCGAGGGCAGCGACUACAACCCCGGCAGGAAGAAGAAGAAGAGGACGAGUGCAGGGAGGGAGAAGAGGAGGAGCAGCAUGGGCGCAGAGAAGAACUCUGGAGGCUCCUCCGCCUCCAAGAGGAAGGACCCGGAGCCCGAGGAGGAGGAGGAGGAGGAAGAUGAUGACGACAGCUCGGAGCCAAAGACAUCGUCCCAGCUCCUGGAUGACUGGGGCAUGGAGGACAUUGACCACAUUUUCAGUGAGGAAGACUACCGCUCUCUCACUAACUACAAGGCUUUCAGUCAAUACGUCAGGCCCCUCAUCGCAGCCAAGAACCCCAAGAUUGCCGUGUCAAAGAUGAUGAUGGUUCUGGGGGCCAAGUGGCGAGAGUUCAGCACCAACAACCCGCUGCGAGGCUCUGCUGCCGCCAACGCAGCCCUGGCCACAGCCAACGUCUCAGCCGCUGUGGACAGCAUGGUGGCAGAGGUGGUGCCCCCUGCACCCGCCCCUGCCCCGCCCCCACCCAUCGAGCCCCAGCCACCCCCCGCACCACCCCUACGCAAGGCCAAGACCAAGGAGGGCAAAGGUCCGAAUGCGCGUAAGAAGUCAAAGCCCGCUCCUAAACCCCAGGAGAAGAAGAAGCCCAACACCAAGAAGGUGGCUCCCCUCAAGAUCAAACUGGGAGGCUUCAACAGCAAGAGGAAACGCUCCUCGAGCGAGGAGGACGAGCCCGACGUGGACAGUGACUUUGACGACGCCAGCAUCAACAGCAUCUCCGUGUCAGACGGCUCCACCAGCCGCAGCAGCCGCUCCAAGAAGAAGCCCAAGAGCAAACCCAAGAAGAAGAAGGUGGAGACAGAGGAUGGAGACGGCUAUGAGACAGACCACCAGGACUACUGCGAGGUGUGUCAGCAGGGCGGGGAGAUCAUCCUGUGUGACACCUGUCCGCGGGCCUACCACAUGGUCUGUCUGGACCCCGACAUGGAGAAAGCCCCCGAGGGCACCUGGAGCUGCCCACACUGUGAGAAGGAGGGUAUCCAGUGGGAGGCGCGGGAGGAGGGUUCGGAAGGCGAGGAGGAGAGCGAGGUGAUGGGCGAGCCCGAGGAGGACGACCACCACAUGGAGUUCUGCCGCGUGUGCAAGGACGGCGGGGAGCUGCUGUGCUGCGACUCCUGCCCCUCUUCCUACCACAUCCACUGCCUCAACCCGCCCUUGCCAGAGAUCCCCAACGGAGAGUGGAUCUGCCCACGGUGCACUUGUCCAAACAUGAAAGGCAAGGUGCAGAAGAUUCUGACCUGGCGUUGGGGGGACCCCCCUCCCCCAACCCCCGUGCCCCGCCCACCAGACCUCCCGGCCGACAGCCCUGACCCCGCCCCUCUGGCCGGCAGGCCCGAGAGGGAGUUCUUUGCCAAGUGGAGCAACAUGUCAUACUGGCACUGCUCCUGGGUGUCAGAGCUACAGUUGGAGCUCCACUGCCAGGUGAUGUUCCGGAACUACCAGCGCAAGAACGACAUGGACGAGCCCCCUCCCAUUGACUUUGGCGGCGAGGGCGAGGAGGACAAGAGCACCAAGAGGAAGAACAAGGACCCCCUGUACGCCAAGAUGGAGGAGAAGUUCUACCGCUUCGGCAUCAAGAUGGAGUGGAUGAUGAUUCACCGGAUCCUCAACCACAGCAUGGACAAGAAGAACAAUGUCCAUUACCUCAUCAAAUGGAAGGACCUGCCCUACGACCAGGCCACCUGGGAGGCAGAGGACAUGGACGUCCCAGAGUUCGACAUCUACAAGCUGCAAUACUGGCACCACAGGGAGCUCAUGAUGGGAGACGAAGGUAAACCAGGGAAGAAGGUCAAGGUCAAGGGCAAGGUCAAGAGGCUGGACAGGCCGCCAGAGAACCCUGUGGUUGAUCCCACCAUCAAGUUUGACCGUCAGCCAGAGUACCUGGACUCCACGGGGGGCACCCUGCAUCCGUACCAGCUGGAGGGCCUCAACUGGCUGCGCUUCUCCUGGGCGCAGGGCACCGACACCAUCCUGGCUGACGAGAUGGGCCUGGGCAAAACCGUGCAGACUGCUGUCUUCCUCUACUCGCUCUACAAAGAGGGCCACUCCAAAGGGCCGUUCCUGGUGAGCGCCCCCCUCUCCACCAUCAUCAACUGGGAGCGGGAGUUUGAGAUGUGGGCUCCAGACAUGUACGUGGUCACUUAUGUGGGAGACAAGGACAGCAGGGCCGUCAUCAGGGAGAACGAGUUCUCCUUCGAGGACAACGCCAUCAGAGGAGGCAAGAAGGCCUCCAGGAUGAAGAAAGACUCGUCGGUCAAGUUCCACGUCCUGCUGACGUCGUAUGAGCUCAUCACCAUUGACAUGGCCAUCCUGGGCUCCAUAGACUGGGCCUGCCUGGUGGUGGACGAGGCCCACAGGCUCAAGAACAACCAGUCCAAGUUCUUCAGAGUGCUGAACAACUACCCCCUGCAGCACAAGCUGCUGCUCACCGGCACUCCUCUGCAGAACAACCUGGAAGAGCUCUUCCACCUGCUCAACUUCCUCACCCCAGAGAGGUUCAGUAACCUGGAGGGCUUCCUGGAGGAGUUUGCUGACAUCGCCAAAGAGGACCAGAUCAAGAAGCUGCACGACAUGCUGGGCCCGCACAUGCUCAGAAGACUGAAGGCCGACGUCUUCAAACACAUGCCUUCAAAGACCGAGCUCAUCGUCAGGGUGGAGCUCAGCCCCAUGCAGAAGAAGUACUACAAGUUCAUCCUCACUCGUAACUUUGAGGCCCUGAACACGCGAGGGGGGGGGAACCAAGUGUCUCUGCUCAACGUGGUCAUGGACCUGAAGAAGUGCUGCAACCACCCCUACCUCUUCCCUGUGGCUGCUAUGGAAGCUCCCAAGAUGCCUAAUGGGAUGUACGACGGCGGCGCCCUCACUAAGGCUGCUGGGAAACUGACGCUGCUGCAGAAGAUGAUGCGGAAGCUGAAGGACGGAGGUCACAGGGUGCUCAUCUUUUCUCAGAUGACCAAGAUGCUGGACCUGCUUGAGGACUUCUUGGAGAACGAGGGUUACAAGUACGAGAGGAUAGACGGCGGAAUCACUGGCGGCAUGAGACAGGAAGCCAUCGACCGCUUCAACGCUCCGGGAGCGCUGCAGUUUGCCUUCCUGCUGUCCACCAGAGCGGGAGGGUUAGGGAUCAACCUGGCCACGGCCGACACCGUCGUCAUCUACGACUCGGACUGGAACCCCCACAAUGACAUCCAGGCGUUCAGCAGAGCCCAUCGUAUCGGACAGAACAAGAAGGUGAUGAUCUACCGCUUCGUCACCAAGGCCUCGGUGGAGGAGAGGAUCACUCAGGUGGCUAAGAAGAAGAUGAUGCUGACCCACCUGGUGGUGCGGCCCGGCCUGGGCUCCAAGACGGGCUCCAUGUCCAAACAGGAGCUGGACGACAUCCUGAAGUUCGGCACCGAGGAGCUUUUCAAGGACGAGCUGGGAGAAGGUGAGUCUCUGGGAUGGGUGAGUCUCUGGGAGGGGGUGAGUCUCUGGAUGGGAUGAGUCUCUGGGAGGGGGGGGAUCUCUGGGAGGGGGGAGUCUCUGGGAGGGGGGGGAGUCUCUGGGAGGGGGGGAGUCUCUGGGAGGGGGGGAGUCUCUGGGAUGGGAUGAGAGAUCCAGAGCAUGAACGAGUACCUCAGCUCCUUCAAGGUGGCCCAGUACGUGGUCAAAGACGAGGAGGAGGAGGAGGAGGUGCAGCGCGAGGUGAUCAAGCAGGAGGAGAGCGUGGACCCAGACUACUGGGAGAAGCUCCUGCGGCACCACUACGAGCAGCAGCAGGAGGACCUGGCCCGCAACCUGGGCAAGGGCAAGAGGAUCCGCAAGCAGGUCAACUACAACGACGGCUCCCAGGAGGACCGAGCGGACUGGCAGGACGACCAGUCAGACAAUAACUCCGACUACUCCGUGGCGUCCGAGGAGGGAGACGAGGACUUCGACGAGAGGGCAGAAGGAACCAACUCCCGCAGGCCUAACCGCAAGGGCCUGAGGAACGACCGGGACAAACCACUACCCCCCCUGCUGGCCAGAGUGGGAGGCAACAUUGAGGUGCUGGGCUUCAACGCGCGCCAGAGAAAGGCCUUCCUGAAUGCAGUGAUGCGUUAUGGGAUGCCCCCCCAGGACGCCUUCACCACCCAGUGGCUGGUCAGAGACCUGCGAGGGAAGUCUGAGAAGGAGUUCAAAGCGUACGUGUCUCUCUUCAUGCGGCACCUGUGUGAGCCCGGGGCCGACGGAGCAGAGACCUUCGCCGACGGCGUCCCGCGCGAGGGGUUGUCGCGGCAACACGUCCUCACGCGCAUCGGCGUGAUGUCGCUGAUCCGCAAGAAGGUCCAGGAGUUUGAGCACGUGAACGGCCAGUGGUCCAUGCCCUGGAUGAUGGAGCUGGAGGAGAAUAAGAAGGCUGCUGCUGCUGCCGCCCACCCUGACUCCCCAGGGAAGACCCCCUCCACAGGCACCCCAGCAGACACCCAGCCCAACACCCCCGCCACAGCCCCCAAAACACCCUCCACCACCGCCACCCCUGCAGACACCCAGCCAAACACACCCGCUGCAGUUGACGAAGCCUCGAAGACGGAGGAGGCCGGGAAGGAUGGAGAGAAGGAGGCGAAAAAGGAGGGAGACGGCGAGAAGGAAGGCAAAGAGCCUGGCAAGACGGACGAGUCGGAGGUGAUUGACAUCCCUGACGAGGACGAGAGGACUCCCCCUCCGGAGGAGAAGGAGGAGAAGGAGGGAGAGGAGCCCAUGGAGACAGACAAGGCCAGCGUCGGGGCGGAGAAGGAGAAAGAGAAGGAGAAUGAGGGGGAGAAGGAGAAUGACAAAGAGAAGGAUGGAGACACUGCCGAGAAGAUGGUGGAGGGAGUGGAGGACACCAAGUCUCCAGCUGAGACCAAGACGGAGGGGUCGGAGGUCAAAUCGGAAGAUUCCGAGGCCAAAGCAGCAGAGGAUAAGAAAGACGAGAAGACUGACAAGAUGGACACCACUCCUGCCACAGAUGAGAAGAAAGAGCAAAAGGAGGAGAAGGACGGCGUGAAGACGGAGGAGCCAGCCAAGCUGCCGAACGGAGACAGCGUCAAGGAGGGCGGGGCCGUGGUGGUGGCGGCCGGAGGCAGCGAGGAGAAGAAGAAGGCCAAGACGAGGUUCAUGUUCAACAUCGCAGACGGAGGCUUCACAGAGCUGCACUCCUUGUGGCAGAACGAGGAGAGGGCUGCCACCGUCACCAAGAAGACCAAUGAGAUUUGGCACCGUCGCCAUGACUACUGGCUGCUGGCUGGCAUCAUACAACACGGCUAUGCACGCUGGCAGGACAUCCAGAACGACGUCAAAUACGCCAUCCUCAAUGAGCCCUUCAAGGGCGAGAUGAACCGAGGCAACUUCCUGGAGAUCAAGAACAAGUUCCUGGCCAGGAGGUUCAAGCUCCUGGAGCAGGCCCUGGUGAUUGAGGAGCAGCUCCGCAGGGCAGCCUACCUCAACAUGUCUGAGGACCCCUCCCACCCCUCCAUGGCCCUCAACACGCGCUUCAGCGAGGUGGAGUGCCUGGCCGAGUCCCACCAGCACCUCAGCAAAGAGUCCAUGUCUGGGAACAAGCCCGCCAAUGCCGUCCUGCACAAAGUGCUGAAGCAGCUGGAGGAGCUACUUAGCGACAUGAAGGCGGACGUGACCCGUCUCCCGGCAACAAUUGCCAGGAUACCUCCUGUUGCCGUGAGGCUGCAGAUGUCGGAGAGGAACAUCCUGAGCCGGCUGGCCAGCAGGGGACCAGAGACACAGAGCCAGCAGGUACACACUCAGCAGAUGUCACAGCAGUAGCCUGGACUAGGAGUGACCCUUCCCCCUCCCUUAACCACACCCCGCCUCACCACCUCGACAUUCCUGAUUGGCGCAGCAGACGAUGACUCCACCCAAGCUUGAAGCCACACCCCUUUUACCUUUACAUACGGACUUGCAGAGUUUCUAUUGGCUGACCCUUGGACGCUGUGGAAAUAAAUGCUAUUUUAUUUUUGUCGUUUUUUCUCUUUUUGUUUUUUUUUUCAAUUUCUGUAUUAAUAUUAUUGAUAUAAUGUUAUUAUGAUGGUUUUUUGGGACCUAAAUAAAAAUAUGUAA